CCCAAAUUCCAAUAGAUCCCAGUGCGGAGAGGAAAGCCCAUGUUACACUACGCUCAACUGUGGGAGACAGCGAGAGAGAGAGUGAGGUAGAGAGACACCAGGCAACAACUGUGCAGCCAAGGAGACCACAGAAAAACUCCCACUCUGGACUUUUCCAAAUCCCCCCACUCUGCACAGAGAGGAGAGGAGAGAAAGAAGCAGCAGGGACAAACAAAAGCAUUCUUGGCUUUCAGUUUAAAGGAAGAAGGGGAGAAAAAAAAAUUGAACAAUACCUUGGGCGAGAUCAUUUACUUUGAGAUACAAAUUGAAGGAGAAAGGCGUGACAGGACGGCGUCAGUCAGCAGUCACACUCCGAGUUUAUCAUCUGGGAAAACAUCUCUAAACAUACAUAUUAACGGAUGAUAGAAACAUCUGGCAGAGGAAACGAGAAUCAAACAGGAUGAGAGCAACGAUGAACGCCACAUGGCUGAUGGUGCUUUCAGUCAGCUUCCUACUUCACAGUGUCUGUUCAGAGGAUACUACUAAUGCUACAGAUACGCAGGAUCCCUUGGCUAACCCUACUUCCAGUUCAAACCAAACAAAUGACGCACAACCAACCAGCAAUGCCCCUACAAACGUUGCUACCAACCCUGCCUCCAUCAAUGCAUUGAUCACGCAAGCAACCGUCCUUACCGCAACACAGGGCCAAACAAUUGCCCCCCCUACUACUACUAUUGCUACUUCUACUGCUGCCAUUGCUGCUGCUACUACGGCCACCCACCCCUCUACCCCUACCUUGACUGCAACACUUGACGGCAACAAAUCCAUCAAUUCUACAACAAUUCAGACGACGUUACCUGAUAAAACCCCUGCGACUCCAUCGACUGUCACGAAAACGGAGUCCGUCAUGCCGAGUGGUACAACAGGACAACCCGCGCAUUCCACCAUUUCCACAACAAGCAUGGUGACAUCUCAAAGAGACACAAUGGAGACAACCAAAAACCAACAAACAACAAAGACCACAGACCAGGCUGGGAACUCAGAAACCACCACCACCAACACCAACCCCUCCGCCACUGCCACCGCUGCCUCCCCCGCAGCCACUCCCGCUGUCACUUCCGCCAUUCCCGCCACUCCCGCCACUCCCACCACUCCCGUCGCUCCCGCCACCACCGCCACCACUGCUACCACUCAGACCAACAGGAUAGCAACACAGCCUGGAGCAGUGACCACACCUAGAAUCUUACAAGCCACCAGCACCAUCAUACCUAAAACCACCAUGGCAACUAAAAAGUUUGAGUAUUCUCCAAACAAUGGAGGAGGGACAGAGGAAGAGAAGAAUCUGGUGAAGUUGUGCAAGCAGCUGCUGGAGAACGUUAAAGAUGGAAACUGCAGUGUGACAUACACGGACAUCAACAAACCUAAAUCAGUGGAAAUAAGAGGCACAGUGAAGGAGGACAUUGUUUCCCAGUAUUACAACGCUAUCACCACCAAGGAGAAACAAGAUAACAAAAUUCUGAUUGCCGUCCUGACCUCCUGUGGAGCUCUGCUGAUCAUGAUUGUCAUCCUCGCCGUGUGCGCCUCCCACCACCGCAAACCAUACAAUGAGAACCAGCAACACCUGACGGAGGAGCUGCACACAGUGGAGAACGGUUACCAUGACAACCCCACGCUAGAGGUGAUGGAGGUGCAGCCGGAGAUGCAAGAGAAGAAGAUGGCGCUGAAUGGCGAGUUCAACGACAGCUGGAUUGUCCCCAUUGACAACCUCCUGAAGGAAGACAUACCAGACGAGGAGGACACCCACCUGUAGGGACGAGUGGGGACAGAGGAGAAACUGAAACUGCACCCACCCGCCUUCCACUCCUGACCCGGGGUCCUUGUCUCUGUAGCCAGAAAAGACUUUCUCAGAUAGAAACACAUCCUAUGGAACAACCAAGCCACUAUAUUCACCUUCAUUAUCUGCUCUAUGUGAUGUGUUUCUGCUGUGUUUUGGUAUGAAAAAGAAAUGAGGAUAAAACAAAUUAAACAGCUUGAGGAAUGAAACCAAUGAAAUCAUAUGAAGUGGCUUCGGAAAAUGAAUGGACAUUGAAGAAUUAACUAACUCCAUCAAUAAUGUGCCUUUAAAAUUGGUUUUGUAGAAAUAUGUGAUAUCUCUCACUUCCUGCAGAGCACAAUUGAAUUUCUUUUGUCAUUUUAAAAUGUCCCCAAAAAGAAAAUUGCGCAGGUAGGAUUUUUUUUUUGCCUUUUCUCUUCAUGUACACAAGAAGAGAAAGUGAAUUUGUACACGAGCACCUGUAAAUAGAGUAUUUUUAUAUAUUACUUUCUUCCGAGAGCUGUGAUCUCAUAAACUUGUGGCUUUGCGUCAUCAUGUGGCUCCGGGGGUCUGAGAAGAUGAAGAUCAGAGAGGUAGCAUCGACGUCAGCUGCCUCGGCCGAUCUAGAGUAACUAACUUAGAUAGAUGACCUCAGGAUACUUCAAAGCGUCCUGGUGAUUUUCCACGAGUACGUGUCAGAUCUGAGAAACAUGCCAGUGGCUGUACAGGCUGUGCUGGUACAACUGAACAUUAAGCUUACUGCUCAAGGCUGAGUUUGAAAGAAAUCAAAACAAAUGAAGGUUUUUUAUUCAAAAUGCCUAGAGCCAUGUUUGGGAAUAGCAUGAGAAGUGGACAGAAAUCAUUACCCGUUUCCUCUCUGGCCUUUCAAAAAAGAAGAAAAUCCUUCAGUGUUCUUCAAAAAAAAGCUUUGUAUUCAUUAAUAGAAACAAAAUGCCACAUUAUUUCAAUGCCUUACUUUAGAACUUAAAAGAUAAUUCCAGUUUGUUACAUCUUGGGUCUUAUUUUUGUAGUUUUGGCCAUCAUUUGUGUUGAUUAAGAUAACACUGUACUGACCAAAGUAGUGUUGUGAUGUGGGAAGAAGGCAACAUCGCUACAUCUAGGCUGGGUAUCAGUACUCGAUACCUUUAAAAGGUAUUGACCAAAAUAAAUCUGUACCAAAUAGUAUCGAAAUGUCUCCCGUCAAACGAUUACGAUAACGACUAUUUAUAUGGACUUGCUCACAGCCAAUCAAUGCAAGCGUUCUUGUAUUUAAUGUGACAUAUGAUUGGCCCACUGCCACAGCAACUAGAACCUGUCUGUGGUGGUGAAGUCUCAGUGAAUUUGAGUUCACAGUUCAGCAGCCUAGAUGCCACCUAAUCGCUCUACGCAAGUGCAAGUGCACUGAAUGUGUAAUGGGUAUCUGAUGAAUUUCUCAGUUGGUAUCGGUAUCACUUUAAGGGUACUUGGAUUGGUACUGGUGUGGUAAUUUUUUAAACGACACCCAGCCCUAGCUAUGACAAAGUCUAACAGGACAAGAAACAUGAGCAGUCAGACUUUUAUACGACAGUUCAGCCUGAUACACUGCUAGAUUUGAAGGGGAAAGAAACUCACGCACGUGUUGCAAAUCUGCUGCUGGAUUUGAUUAGUGAAACUCUCAACAGUUAAGGGUGCAGUAUGUAGAAUUCAGUAGCAUCUAGCAGAAUGGACUUGGCAGAAGUGGAAUAUAUAGAAUUUAAGAGAAAUAAGAAUCAUUGUGCAAAUCAAAUAGUCUCUAGAGGGCAUUUGCGUUUUUCAUGAGUUUUGUGGCCAUUGUAGAUUC